AUGAACGUCUGAGUCGUAGCCAUAAUACAUUUGUAAUCUGUAUUGUGUACGGGUAUACCGCGUUAGUGCUGCCGAUGUGCGUGCGCCUCACAGUCGUACACGUGAUUCUUGUUUUGUGUUCAGUUCUCUUUGGGUGUUUUUCGUGUACAAUAUUUAAAAAAUUGAUACAGUUGCGUUCUUCAUUGGAUUUUACGUUGGAAAAAAGGCAAAAUGGAUAUGGAAUCCCUGUACGACUACGGGGAGGAGGAACAGGAUUUCUACGAGGAGAGUCCUGGUACCAGGAAAGGUUACCCGAUCGAUCACAGAUCCAUCAAGGUCAGUGAUACUCUCUGAUCGUUCAUUCAAGCGAGGCAAAGACGGAAGGAAGAACUAUCGUCGCUAAAUUUAAUCGCACACGAUCCACAGCGGGAUGCUAGAGGCGUGGGCAGUUAUCUGGGAGGCGGCAGCAUUAGCGACGGUGGCGGCAUGUUGACGGGUAUGGCGAAGUUGAUGAAACAAGAGCUGGCCUCUGACGCCGAGGAAGAGGGCCUGGUCCCUGCCCUCUCCGGCAGGUUCACCUCGAUGCGGAAAGUGCCCUCUCUCUCCGACCUAUCCGAUCCAGAGAGCUCCUUGGAUAUACCGGCACAAGUGCCGCCGUUAACACCUGGGACCAACAAGAAGAUGACCGAGGCCCUGGAGGCCUCUUUCGCCUCCUGGGAGAAGGAACGAGUCCGCCUCAAUAUAACCAAAGAUCCGAGGCAAUGGUCGGAAGCAGCUGUCGCCCACUGGCUGCACUGGGCCAUCGGCGAGUUCUCCCUCGCGGGUGUAGCGAUACAACCCUGGCAGAACAUGACCGGGAAACAGAUUUGUGCCAUGGGCAAGGAAUCCUUCUUGGCACGCGCUCCGGCCUUCAUGGGCGAUAUCCUGUGGGAACACCUCGAGAUCCUUCAAAAAGGUGGUUACAAUCAUUUACGCAGCCCCGUGUGCCAAGACGAGAAUCAAAGGGAUGAAACCUCGCCGCCACCCCAUAGCCAUAACACUCAAGCGCCCAACUCUCAUUCCAGUACUCCGAACAGCAACAAUAACAACAACAAUAACAAUAACGCGAACAACGCGUAUAUACAUUUACGGAACUUGAAUCAGCUCAAAACGGAGUCGAACUACAGCAAUCACCAUAUAACGGAACACCUGCAAGGGGGUGGAGCAGGUUUGACGAGCGGCAACGAUCUCGCUGGUACAGGGACCAACGAGAGCGAUUUAAGGGUUAGCCAAACCGCCACGGAGAGCUACAUGACUCCGGCAAAUUAUUCCGGAUACGAUGAAGCCUCCGAGUAUCAUAGCCUGCCGCAGGAUCAUCAACCGCCGCAUCCUUUCAAUCUCGACGGCUCGCCGGAAUUUUACAGCACCAGUGGAAUUCAUCUCGAGCCCAAAUAUCAGCAAUCGCCCUUUAAAAAUUAUCCUCGAGGUCGAUACCACGAGGGAUACAGCGAGAGCGGUGGAUACGGGCAAUACGACGCGACGCCAUUCCAAACGGUUCCAGGAAGCGGAAGCGGAGGUGGAGGUGGUGGCGUUGGGGGUGAUCAAUGGGGAGUAGGCCCUCUCGAGCACUUGUCCCAUCAUCCGGCAUUCCUAGCCGGUCUUGGCCCAAGGGACUCUUCCAAUCCUCAUCAUCCCUCGUCUAUCGGAAAUAAUCCUGAUCAGAAGCCUCUGUUGCAGAGCGCGAUGAUCCCUGGUUAUACAAGCAGUGGACCUUGCUUUACCGGUUCCGGUCCCAUUCAACUUUGGCAGUUUCUGCUAGAAUUGUUAACAGAUAAAUCAUGCCAAGGCUUUAUCUCGUGGACCGGUGAUGGAUGGGAGUUUAAGCUGACGGAUCCAGACGAGGUGGCACGUCGCUGGGGCAUCCGCAAGAACAAGCCUAAAAUGAAUUACGAGAAGUUGAGCCGUGGUCUUCGUUAUUAUUAUGACAAAAAUAUUAUACAUAAAACAGCCGGCAAACGAUACGUUUAUCGUUUUGUCUGUGACUUACAGAGUCUCUUAGGAUACAGUCCGGAAGAACUCCACGCAAUGGUAGAUUUGAAGCCAGAGAAGAAGGAAGAAGACUGAGUUUUUGUUACGAGACGUGUUUGAGGACUGUGUCGUUUUGCUAAAUGAAAAAAAAGAAAAAGAGA